AGCAGAAUUGUAGCAGAAAGUGUUUAGUACUGUGACGUUACUCCCGUAUCUCUGUCCAUACCAAAGGUUCCACCGUGUUUUUGUUUUCUAUACUGCUAAGCGAACUGAACCUGUGUCUUUAAUGCUACAAAUGCUGCAAAAGGACGACAAAAUAAUGGUGCACAAUAUUUACAAAAGCAAACUCAACCAAGAAAAAUUGCAGCAAAUGCUACUAUAUGUCCUUUUCUUUGGGCAGUUCAGUUGUUUUGCCGGCUACAGCGGUGCAACAGAGCUGAGGUAUACAAUAAAUGAAGAGCUAACCCGAGGAGUUCGGAUAGGAAACUUAGCCUCAGACCUAAGUUUGGAUUUGUCUGUCACCCCACCUCUUCAAUUCAGCCAGGCGUCUCAGGGAGUAAACAGCAUGUAUGUGGAUCUGAAUAACUUAACUGGAGAACUUUUUACAACCGUUAAUCAAAUUGACAGAGAAGAGCUUUGCCCUGAAAAUGUGCAUGUUCAGGAAUGCAUAUUGCCACUAGACGUUAUUAUUUUGCCUCAACAGUAUUUCAAGUUGGUUAAAGUUAAGAUUGGUAUCAAAGAUAUAAACGACAAUGCACCUGUAUUCCCUGUUGAUGAAAUACACCUUUCAGUAUCUGAAAAUGCUCAGAUCAACACGAGGCUAGCAAUAGAACAUUCUGCAGUUGACCCUGACAUUGGGAUUAAUGGUGUGCAAACCUACUGGUUAGAAAACGAUUAUGGGGUUUUUACCCUUGAUGUUGAGGAGCACGAAAGUGGUGAAAUGACACCAUAUCUUAUCGUUAUGGGUCCUUUGGACAGAGAGCGUGAGGAUGAGUAUGUUACCACAAUAAUUGCAGAAGAUGGAGGGAAUCCGCCAUUGACUGGUGCUGCUUCUCUGAGAGUGUCUAUAACUGAUGUCAAUGACAACUGCCCCAGCUUUGCAGAGUCACAAAUUAAUGUAACUCUAAGUGGAAACUCAACUGUGGGAUCACGAGUGGCUGUUGUACAAGCAUUCGACAAGGAUGUUGGUUCUAAUGCUCUCAUAAAGUACUCUUACGGUGACCGAGUGCCCGUAGCCACCAAAACAAUGUUUCGUCUUGACGAAGCCACAGGAAUUAUAGAGUUAUCUGGGAAAAUUGACGGAAGCACUGUGCAAGUCCAUAAAUUAACAAUUCUUGCGUAUGGUCCGGGGUGUAUCCCAGCCGUGAUGACUGUAAUUGUUUCUAUUGCAAAGGUUGUUUUUAUCCCACCAAUGAUGAUUCCACGUUACAUAGCCUCUGAAUCUGAAGGAAAUGUCUACCUGAAGGAAUCGGAGUCAGCUAAUUCACCAAUUGCAUUCUUUUCAAUAAAAGAUCCAGACCAGCAGCACAAAGUGGUGUGCUACUUGGAAAGUGAUGGUCCUUUUAGAUUAAUUGCGUAUAAGAAUGUCAUUAACGAAUAUUUGUUAGAAACCACAGAAGCAUUAGAUUACGAAGUUAAAAAUGUGUAUGACAUAGUAGUAGUUGCCAGUGACACCGCAGGUCUGCUCUUAAAGACCUUCAUUAAAGUUCAGGUUUUAGAUGAAAAUGAUAAUGCUCCUGUUUUCAAUCAACAAUUAGUGGAAGUGUACCUUGAAGAAAACAAUGCUCCUAACACGUUUUUGGCAAAACUGCAAGCAGUGGAUGCUGACAGUGGAGAAAGAGGUGCAAUUUCUUACUUUUUAGGCAUGGAUGCACCUUCAGAGUUUGCUCUCAAUAAAAGUACUGGAGUUCUCGUGGCAUCACUGUCACUUGAUCGGGAGAAACAGGAAAAAUACAGAUUUACUGUUAGAGCUGUAGAUUCUGGAUCACCACACCUGGAAUCUGAAGCUACAGUAAUUGUCACUGUGUUGGAUAAGAAUGACAACAACCCCAGGUUUAUUAAUAAAGAUUUCAACUUUUUUGUGCCAGAAAACUUUCCAGAUUUAGGUGAAAUUGGAGUAAUUGGAGUGACUGAUGCUGAUGCAAGCAAGAAUGGCUGGAUUGCUCUUUCUAUCAGUAAUGGAAGUGAUAUUUUUGUUAUAGACAGUGGUAAAGGUACAUUAAGAGCAAAGAUUCCACUAGACAGAGAACUGCAGAGCUCAUAUGUAUUGUGGGUUGAAGCUGUUGAUGGAGGCGUCCCUCCAUUGUCUUCUUCUGCAAAGGUGACAGUUCUUCUUCUUGAUAUUAAUGACAAUCCACCAAUUGUGCUUUUCCCACAAUCUAACAUGACUUAUCUGUUGGUCCUUCCUUCAACACUUCCUGGGUCCUCCAUCACUGAAGUGUAUGCAGUUGAUAAUGACACUGGCAUGAAUGCUGUUAUAGCCUAUAGCAUAAUUGGCAGGAAGGGACCCCGGCCGGAGUCAUUUCACAUUGAUUCAAAAACUGGGAAUAUUACCUUACAGGAAGCUUUACUAGAGACUGACUAUGGACUGUACAGAUUACUAGUAAAAGUUAGUGAUCAGGGCUAUCCUGAGCCUUUGCAUUCUACAAUUAUGGUCAACCUGUUUGUGAAUGAAACUGUCAGUAAUGAAAGUUAUAUAGAAAACUUGCUGAGAAGGGAGCCUGAAAUUAAUUUAGAGGAAAAACAACCACAAAUAUAUGAAGAACCACAAAGAAAGCUCAUAGAAUCAUUUUCUUGUGCACCUGUUGUGAUAUCUUUAUCAGUUGUAACACUAAGCCUGUUUUUCUUAGUCAUCCUCUUGACAUUGUAUAUAUGCUCAAAAAAAGGAAAUAAACAUAAACACGAAGAAGAAACCUUGGAAGUGCAGGUACCCUUGCGUGCAAAUCUCGAUCUACAUAUUUUAGAGAAGAAACCAGUGGAUAUCACAAACAUUUGAUUUCUAAAAAGAAAAGUUCAUGAUCAAACUGGUAUUUACUUGAUUACAGCAGUUCACUACAAGCAAACUGACACCGAGUUGUUAUGAAGGACAGUAAUUUAUAUUGAAUAAAAGUAAGUUAUAGUAAUAUAUUGUAAAUGACUUGCAUUUUUAUAUUAAAUCAGUUUUCAUGCAACUAUGCAGCAAAAUAAAGUGGAAGACAUUCAGUGAUAAAUGCUAAAUGACAGUUUACAAAACACUAGGUACUUGUUACCUAAGAAAUAAUAAUACUUUAGUGACAGUGACAAAAUGAAGCAUUGAUACACUCCUGUAACAUUCAUAGCUUUCAGAGAAUUAGAACCUAUCAAGUAUAAAAUGCUUGCAUUUUCCAGGUGUAGACACUAGGUGGUAUUAAUAACUCAUAUUUGAUUUCUCAGCAUUUCCUAUAAAUGACCAAGCAGUUUUGAUGUCCUAGACAUUUUUCUUAUCUGGUUGCACAUACUGUGGCCAUAUAAAAUUGAAUUCACUUCCAGCUAGUAUUAAAAUCAGAGAACAUUGAAUCAGAGUAAAACCUCUAAAAUCUGUCCUGCUAUGCAGAACUAUAUAUUUUAAGAUCCAUUCUUGUGGCUUUUACUUUUUUUCUGUUGUAAAUAUUUCCCUGUAGACAUAUAAAACAGAAAGACAAGUUUGAAUUUAGGCCCAUAGCAAACCUAGGUUUAAGGCAUACAGUUGUGAUGCAGCGUUCCAUGACAAGAUACAUGACAUUUAAACUUUAUUAAGCUGCAGCAACCUGUGUAUAGACAUGCUUUGGCUCAGUGUGCCUUUUUCCAGUACAGAAAGAUGAUUUGAUUCCUACCAGCAGAUUCAGAAUGGCAGACAUUAUUGUAUUGUAGUUCCUGAAAAUGACUUUGACCAGUAAAAUGCUAGCUAGCAUAGUUCAUAAAAAUAAUGAUUAAAGCUAAGAGAGCAUAUCAUGCAAUUCUGAACUGAGCAAUAUAACACUUCAAUAUGAUUACAAAACAAAAUCAGUUAAAUGUAAUUUAUUUUGUAAUAAGUAUGCUAUAGUUGAAGUUAAUGGAAUUUUGUUGUAUCCAUGUUCAGGUAACCCACAUUUGUUUGCCAUGAUGAUUUACAUUAGAAAAAUGCAGAUGUGCAAAGUUUAAUGUAUCCACAAGUAGGUAUGUUGAGUAUUCAGAUACUUGGGGUCCCUGCAUACCAAUUCUAUGAAAGCAUUCUUUAAGAGCUGUUUCAGAAUCCAGUGCAAAAAAUCCUUCUUCUGUAAUGGCAAAUGUUUUACACAGUUCUGUUCUAUUAAUCCAUGAUUUGUACGUAUAUGCUGGUUGCAGUAUAAUUACUGUCAGAUAAUCGCAUGCACAGAUAGAAGCAGAUAAUUCCUGCCCCAUGAUUGUUGCAACGUGACAUGUUUUCUAUUAGGAGGGAAAGAAAACCACUGGCAAAAUAAAGUAGGAGGGGAAAAAACCCACUGGCAGAAUAAAGUCACUGUUGUCAAUCAAAACUCAUCUCAUGUUCCCCUUUAAGAUGAGGGAUAUCACUAAUCUCCCACAUUUAUCAGUUAUGAGGGUUUUGUUGCCAGAAUUGUCUUUAAAAAUCCUAACAUAUUACAUAUUUUAGGUGCAUUUAAAUAUCCAAUUAACAAGUCUUCUUGGUAGCUGAAACAGUAAGAAGCUAACUUCAAAAAUCUGGAAUGCACAUUUUUUAUUCCACUUCAAAGCUGUUAUAUUAUGACUUAAGUAGAUGGUAUUUGGCUUAUGACAGCUUAUUUUCAAAAUUACUCAUGUACCUAACUUAUUACUAAAUAUGAUACAGCCUUCAAGAACUGAUGAAAGAGUUAUAUUAUUUCUCAUAUUUUUCUCAGUGACUGUUCUUUAAAAAUGUUAGUUUUACUACAGUUCAGAGCACUUUGUUAAACUAUGUUGCAUCUAGAGUUAUUAGCACUGAUGAUGUUACCUUCCUUGCAUGGAGACAUUCUCUGUCAUGCUGUAUGAAUCUUGCCAAAUGUCUGUAGCACUGAUAAAGAAGAUCUAUAGUCUGAGAUAAUAUGAAGGGCUGGUAAUUAUUUCAUCCUCUUUAAACAGUUUAAAAAUUACUUUAUUAUAAUAUAAUAUUCCUUAGUCCUGUAUGUAUGACAGGUGCAUAUGGGAAUGGAGAUUCAUGUGUUUUACUCACUGCAGACUUUAAUAAAGAUAUGUGACUUCAUAUGUGUGCCUGCACUCUGCACACAUUUUAGAAAUAUGGGUGUUCAGGAAUACAGCAGAUUGUGUGCAGUCUGCUCAAACAUAUAUGCUUCUGUGUAUGGCUGAGCAUUUCCUGCAUACUGAUCACAAACAGCAUUUGCACAUCAUAUCAUUGUAAAGUAAUUUGAUGAAUAAUAUGUUGCAUUUUCGUCUGUCUGCAAUGGACUGCAAGUGCAGAUUUAACAUAGCUUAUUGUGCAACUUUAGGUGAAACAUAUUGGUCAUUUAAAUGGAUCAUACAUAUCCAGUGAAUAUCCAUGCCAAAUUCCAUCAGUAAUUUUGUUUGCGCCUGACCAUGGGAAAUUUUAUACAUUUUCAUGAUCCUGAAGAACUACAUUUCAAAGUUCAUUCAACUGAAUGAAGUCAUAAUUCUAUGAAUGCAUACUAGUUUAUUUUUAUCCUUGUUAUUGGAAAUGGCAGCUAUGUUAUACAUUUCAUAACAAAAUUCAAUUUUACCUUUAAUGUCACAUAUCCUUUUCAUCACCCCUCUAUUUUCACUUUUAUGUUAAAAGCUGUUGAAAGUGGAAGUCAAUCAUUUUGUCAAUUGACUUGCUUAGUUACAUAAUCUUCUCCUUUUACAUUGGAGAUUCACUUUUGCAGGGCCAGACAAGGCUUCUGGCUAGAAGCUAGAAGUGCAUCCAGUGGUCUGUUUUACUUCCCCCUUUACUUAACACACUUUGUCGGGACAAUUAGCUUAGCAGCUAAAGCUUUAAGUGGUUAAUUAGGCAAAUGCACCUGCAUAUCUCUGCAUAUUAAUUCACCGGUAUGUGACAGGCAGGCAUGUAUCAUUAGCGUCUUUGUUACAAGCAACAUGACUAUCCCAGUUUGAAAAUAUUUUUCUACAUCUUUGUUACUAAUAAUAAUUCAUUCAUUCAUUAAUUAAUUAACUAAUUAAUUAAUUAAGACAGAAUGCACUUCUUGGAUGCUGACAAUUUGUUACACGGUUAAUUAGUGAAGAUAGCACAGCAUAGCAGGGGUGUUCAUAAAGGCCAAAUAAAUGUAGCCUUGGUUUCAUGCAUUUCAUGACAUUAGUGAUCCAGUUCUGCUAUGUCUGCAAUGCAAUAUGACUUUGUGUUUUAUUUCUGAAGCAUUGCACUUACUUUAGUACACAUUUAUAUUUUUACACUUAAAUAUUGAAGCACAGACAUGCUUUAUAAGUGCAUAUACAUAUAUAUAUAUAUAUAUAUAUAUAUAUAUAUAUAUAUAUAUAUAUAUUCAUGAUCACGCACAGGUACAUCCUUUUAUCAAGAUUGAUAUAAAUUCAUAACACAUACACACAUUUUAUGCACAAUUCAGUAUGUGAUGCAGGGGUAAAUCUAUUUAAAACCUCUCUUCAUAUAGUUAGGUCAGUUGCACCAUUACUCUUAUCUAUAAAGUAGUGGGAGGAUCAAAUGACUGAGGUAACUGCCAUAUAGAUGUUGUGAGGAUUAUAUGCUACUUGUUUUCCUUUACCCCAAAGGUGCAUGGCCAUUUGAUUUAUUGGUUGUCUGGCAUGGGCAAAAUGAUGUCUCAGAGGCUUGUGUUACCAAAAGUAGCAAAUCUGGCUUGAACACAAAAUGUGUGAGUGUGUCUGGGAGAGAGAGAGAGAGGGAGAGAGAUUUGUGAGAAUUCAGCUGUUAGAGCUUUAACUAUUGAUUUAUUAGCUUAGCUUAUAUGAGUUUUAUUUUGUGACUGUGUAUGACUUUUUUGGCUUUUGUUCCCUGCUUUUUUCUUUUCCCUUUCACGAAAAAAGAUCCAUUUGCUACUAUGCAGCUAAACUACACAGUCAUUUUGAAAAACAAAAGCACUCAUCAUGUUUAUUUCAUUAGGGGCAUUUUUAGAGGAGCGAUAUGUGUUGUAAUUUUGUGUAAUAUUUUCUUUUGCACAUAUAGUUAAAAUAAAUAUGCUUUUAUUCCAAUAAUGUACCAUGCAAUUUGACAUUUUCUAGCAUUUUUAUUGUUUUUGCAUCCUCAAUGGCUCUGUACUAAAAACUGUCAGUGUUUUUUUUUUUUUUAAUUUUGAGUAAUUCAGAGCUGGGCACAAUCACUAGUUCAAGUACUGUAAAGUUUCUGUAAAAAAAUGUAACUGUGCAUGUGUCACAGAAAUUUCGAAAUUUACAUUUGUCUGUAAGAAAGCAAAACUGUUUACAUGUUUGCAGAUUAAAGUGAUAUAUUUUCCUAGUAA